AUGAAUGCCAUAGUGGGUUAUGUGCGUACUAUACUUAAUUCAUUUGGAUGGAACGACGACGAUCCCGCGAUCAAGACAAGCUUCAAAAGAGACAGGAACGACGACGAUAUCUCUUCAGAUGACGACACACCAGCUUUAAAAAGACUUAAGAAAUUAAGGAAAACAUCUUUCCCUGGUAUUAUGGAACCCAAAGAUAUUUGGGAAGAAGAAAAACAAAAGAAAAAUGUUAGAUAUGUGCCAAUUCAAAUAGAAAGGGGGCAUCCUAGUACUUCUACACCAAAUGAUGGGAUAACCAAAUUAGGUAGUCGAGUUAGGACUGUUCCAAUUAAAUUAGUGGAUGUUACCUCAAAUGGCCCAUCCACACCAACAAGAAAACCUAGAAUGCACACACCAGUAAGACCUGUCAUUCAAGCAGUUAUUGAUGAUGACGAUGAUGAUGACCAAGAGGUAACAUGGAUAGAAGCUAAGCAAGAAUCAAAGAAACCUUCAAAAGUUUACAUAGACCUAGACGAAGAAGAUGAACAUGAGAAUCAGGAUGAUGAUGAUGAUGAUGUUAUAUUUGUCAAAAAGGUCACAACGCCACCCCCAAUCAAGCCAUACAAAUUCUUCAUUAGCAAAAGUAAUAACACGGAAACAGACAGUGAUAAAGUGAAUUACUAUAAAAUAUACAGAAAAUUAAAUGAUAGGAAUUUAAAUACGUCUCCUAGAACAUACAGUAAGUUUAAAGCUCCAGCCGGUAUCACGAAAGUGUACAAAAAACCACCAACACCGGUUGCGAGAUGGAUGCAAACUCAGAAGAAUCUCCCACAAUCUAGAAAUAGAACUGUAAAUGGCAAUGCGAGAGCAACACUGUCCGAAGUAUUUAAUUUAGAUGAAAAAAGAAAUUAUCAAGAAUUGAUAAGGAGGUUCGCAGACACGACCAAGCCAGCGUCUUUAGGGAAACCAGAUAUCAUUAAUUUAGCCGAAGAUUCGGCGUCGUUCCGUUUGACGCAGCGAACUCAAAAAAAUGCACUUAAUGAAAUUAAAUUAUUAGAAAAAGGUCUUAGUGCGGAGAAAGAGAAUGAGGCUACAAAGGAGUAUGAUCCAAUCACAGUUGCUUCGAUAAACUCCUCGGAUUCAGAAAUUGAGGUGGUCCCAUCAGAAACCAGUACAUCUUCUUCAGUCAGAAUUGAACCUAUAAACUCAUUACGAGACUCCUACAGAGACAAAGCAAUCACGUCUGGCGACUGGCUCUCAAGAAUAAACUCCAAAUAUAAGAAAAAAGAUUCUGAAAAUAAAGAAAAAAUAAAAGAUGCCAAGCGCGAGUCGGAUAUCAUAUCAAAAGUCAUAUACGAGCAGAAAGUAGCACAUUUAGAGCAUAAGUUAAAAUAUGAAUUUAGUAUACCAGAGAGUUUGAUAGAAGAAGCUCCGCCGACUGUGGAGCUUCCUCCGUUGACUCCAGAACAAGAAAAGUUAGUCAAUAAAGCCCUAGGCCCCGGACCUCCUAAUCAAUUGUUGGUGGAGAAAUUUAAUUUAAGGAUACAUAGGCGCGACCUCCAGACCCUCGCCGGACUGAACUGGCUGAAUGAUGAGGUGAUCAACUUCUACAUGAACCUUUUGAUGCAGAGGAGUGAGGAGAACAAGGAUCUGCCUAAAGUGUACGCAACUAACACGUUUUUCUACCCCAAGCUCAUGCAGAGCGGGCAGGCGGGGCUGCGGCGCUGGACCAGGAAGGUGGACAUAUUCGCGCACGACCUGAUGGUGGUGCCGGUGCACCUGGGCGUGCACUGGUGCCUGAGCCUGGUGGACUUCCGGCGCCGGCGCGUGGCCUACCUGGACAGCAUGGGCGCCGCCAACGCGCCGUGCCUGGCCGCGCUGCUGCAGUACCUGCGCGACGAGCACCGCGACAAGCGCGGCCGCCCCUUCGACGACAGCGGCUGGACCACGCAGAACCUCAAGGAUAUCCCGCAGCAGAUGAACGGCAGCGACUGCGGCAUGUUCGCGUGCACGUUCGCCGAGUUCUCCUGCCGCGACGCGCCCUACAGCUUCUCGCAGGCACACAUGCCCUACCUGCGCAAGAAGGCGGCCCUCGAGAUACUGCAGGGGAGACUUCUAUUG